AUGAGUCUGAGCUUCUCCUAUGGCGGUGCAGGAAGUAUCCCUCAAGACAGCCCCAUCAAACAAGAGCCGUGGUUUCAGGAGGAAAAAAAGAAGUUGAACAACUUCUGGUCACUGGUUACCGAGCAUGCUGCAGCACGUUGUUGGAGUCAAUCGUUCUUCACAAUGUGCCAGCCAAACUCUGUGGCAGCUUGUUUGCACAAAGACCCUGAAACUGCAAAAAGAGCUCUUCGAAUGCAGAAAAGGAUCUGGGAGGCAGUCUUAGCAGCUGAGAAGGCAGUUGAUUCCAAAACCACACCCGGCCCCAUCAAGACGGAGCUUGAAAAGCGAUUGGUUGACAUUAGUUGGCACCGCCUACAAAUUUCCAGAGAAAUCUGCGCAAUGUGUGAGCACACAGGGUGGACAGUGGAAGCAGUGCGUGAACAAGCGCUGUACCUGUUUGGUGGACCAGCUAACACCAAGUAUGACCUGGAAGACCUGUUCGCCCAUCUUCAAAGCGUGGCCCGUGCAACGAAUCUGCCCACAGCAAUGAACAAGUGGACCAGAUACUUCUACUGCACAACACUCCCUUCUCUUGCUGGCCUUGGGUGGCCUCAACUUGCACCAACCCUGGAUGACCAUUACCAAGCUAGCAGGUGUGAAGGAUCCAAGAAAGAACUUGCAGGCUUGGCAGGAAAGGCGUUCAAGUCUACAAGCUUCCCACUGCCUGCAGAGAUUAAGAGCAAGCUUGUACGAAUGCGGUUGGAAACAUCCAAAAAAGCAGGGACAGCCUCAAACCAAAGGGCUGCUGCUGCAACAGCCUGGGUGUUACAGAACUUCACCUCUGGGUUCAAGAAGGCUGACUUGGCUUGGACAGGACUGCUUGGUUUGUUUCACUGGGUGUUCCAGAACAAUGUGACGAAGACUGUUUGCCUAUCCUUGGGAUUUCGCACCACUGCUGCUUUGGGCAUUCGAUUGAAACGUAUCGAAUGUGGUGACAUGGUGUACUUCAUUCUCGACACCAGCGAUGCUUCAAAGAGCCCGGUUUGGAUGUUCAACGAUGACUUAC